GUGGACACUGUACGCCCUGGCCCGUGACGGGGAGACUCAGGCAUGGCUGGAGGCACGGCCGAUGGCGCCAACCACCUGCCCUUCUUCUUUGGCAACAUCACCCGGGAGGAGGCAGAAGACUACCUGGUCCAGGGGGGCAUGAGCGAUGGGCUCUACCUGCUGCGCCAGAGCCGCAACUACCUGGGCGGCUUCGCCCUGUCAGUGGCGCACGGGAGGAAGGCGCACCACUACACCAUCGAGCGGGAGCUGAACGGGACCUACGCCAUCGCGGGCGGCAGGACGCACGGCAGCCCCGCCGAGCUCUGCCAGUACCACUCCCAGGAGUCGGAUGGCCUCGUCUGCCUCCUCACGAAGCCCUUCAACCGGCCACCCGGGGUGCAGCCCAAGACCGGACCCUUCGAGGACCUGAAGGAGAACCUCAUCAGGGAAUACGUGAAACAGACGUGGAACCUGCAGGGUCAAGCCCUGGAGCAGGCCAUUAUCAGCCAGAAACCUCAGCUGGAGAAGCUGAUCGCCACCACGGCCCACGAAAAAAUGCCCUGGUUCCACGGAAAAAUCUCUCGGGAUGAAUCAGAGCAAGUCGUCCUGAUAGGAUCCAAGACAAACGGGAAAUUUCUGAUCAGGGCCAGGGACAACAACGGGUCUUACGCCCUGUGCCUGCUGCACGAGGGGAAGGUGCUGCACUACCGAAUCGAUAAGGACAAAACGGGGAAGCUGUCCAUCCCGGAAGGAAAGAAGUUCGACACGCUCUGGCAGCUCGUCGAGCAUUAUUCUUAUAAAGCAGAUGGUUUGUUAAGAGUCCUUACAGUUCCAUGUCAAAAAAUUGGCGGGCAGACAGGAAAUAUUAAUUUUGGAGCUCGUCCACAGCUUCCAAGUUCCCAUCCUGCGACCUGGUCAGCGGGUGGAAUAAUCUCAAGAAUCAAAUCAUACUCCUUCCCAAAGCCUGGCCACAGAAAGAGCUCUUCAUCCCAAGGGAACCGCCCAGAGAGUUCCGCGACGUUCAACCCUUAUGAGCCCGAUAGAGGGCCCUCGGGCCCGGAAAGAGACACCCAGAGAGAAGCCAUGCCCAUGGACACUGAGGUGUAUGAAAGCCCCUAUGCGGACCCCGAGGAGAUCAGGCCCAAGGAGGUCUACCUGGAUCGAAAUCUGCUGACCCUGGAGGAAAACGAGCUGGGAUCUGGUAACUUUGGGACCGUGAAGAAGGGCUACUACCAGAUGAAAAAAGUCGUGAAAACAGUGGCUGUGAAAAUCCUGAAAAAUGAGGCCAAUGACCCCGCCCUUAAAGAUGAGUUAUUAAGAGAAGCUAAUGUGAUGCAGCAGCUUGACAAUCCUUACAUCGUGCGCAUGAUAGGGAUCUGCGAAGCCGAGUCCUGGAUGCUGGUUAUGGAGAUGGCGGAACUGGGUCCACUCAAUAAAUAUUUACAGCAGAACAGGCAUGUCAAGGAUAAGAACAUCAUAGAGCUGGUUCAUCAGGUUUCUAUGGGAAUGAAAUAUUUGGAGGAGAGCAAUUUUGUGCACAGAGAUCUGGCUGCAAGAAAUGUGUUGCUGGUUACUCAACAUUAUGCCAAGAUCAGUGAUUUUGGACUUUCCAAAGCACUUAGUGCUGAUGAAAGCUACUACAAGGCGCAGACCCAUGGGAAGUGGCCCGUGAAGUGGUACGCUCCAGAAUGCAUCAACUACUACAAGUUCUCCAGCAAGAGUGACGUCUGGAGCUUCGGAGUGUUGAUGUGGGAGGCGUUUUCCUAUGGGCAGAAGCCGUACCGGGGAAUGAAAGGAAGUGAAGUUUCCGCUAUGCUGGAGAAAGGAGAGAGGAUGGGGUGCCCGGCAGGGUGUCCGAGAGAGAUGUACGAGCUGAUGAAGCUGUGCUGGACGUACGAGGUGGAGAACAGGCCCGGGUUCGUGGCGGUGGAGCUGCGGCUGCGCAAUUACUACUACGACGUGGUGAACUAAGGCUCCCACGCCUUCUGUGGCUGCCGUGGAACAGAUGAGCAGUCACAGGGAAACGGAUUCCAGUGCAUUGAUUCUAAGAGUCUCCAUCACCCUCUGUCCUGUGGAACAUGCCCCUGCCUAUAUUCCCCAAAGCCUGUCCUGGAACACGCCCUCCCCAGAGCACACAGUCCCAGAAGAGCCUGGGAAGACAGAUGGACGGCCAACAGGGUCAAAGGACCCAUGGAUUCCUUUGUGUUCCUGCCUGUGUGGUUUUCAUGGCAGGUUACUUUCAGGAUCUGUUUCCAAAUUCCCUUUCUGUCUCCCCAGUCCUCUGGCUCCUGGGCUGCAUUUGAAUGCCCAGCAGCCCGGAGGCAUCGCCCUCUGGUGUUGAGGGGUCUCAUCCAUCCGGGGGUGUUCAGUGGCCUGAGGGUGCAGUUGGCCCAUGAGCCUGCAGUGGAGGGAAGGAAGGGAGAGGAG